AUGUAUGCGGCUGGUCGCUUCACCGUCCCGUUUCCGUUCGAGCCAUAUCCGUUGCAACUCCACGCCAUGGAAGCAAUCCGGGAGGGUCUCUCAGCGGGUGAUGUUGUUGUGCUCGAAUCACCUACAGGAACAGGGAAAACACAAAUUCUGCUCAAUGGUGUACUUUCACAUAUGUUCGAACCUGUCGUUACUUCAGUAGAGCAUGGGAUUGCAGAAAGCCAUGAAGUGACUGGGGAAUCGCGCCCUACCGGGGAAGUGUGUGCGGAUAGUGGAGAUGGUUGCCCUUCUUUCGAAGAGCAUCGUAAGCAUCAAAGGAAGCGGCGUAAAAGAGAACGGGAAAAGAGAAGGAAGGAGACGUUUAACUUUGGUGGCACAAGCAGCUCAAGAGAUCCGUUCCUGGUGGAUCAGGAUGUUCGCGAGGAGGCGCAAGAACUAAGUCGUUGUGGCGCUUUAGCAGAUUGUCUGUCAUCUUCAUCUUCAUCACGCUCAUCCUCAGUGUCUCAUCUGGGGGGCGAGGGAGAUAAAUCCGAUGAAGAUGUUGAAGUACAGCCUCUGAGGAAACCAAAGGUGUAUUUCUCUAGUCGUACUCACACACAGUUGCAACAAGUCACAGACGAGUUGCGCCGGACCGUCUUUUGUCAGAAUCUUGUCCGACGGCGUUCAUGCAACUCUGUUGAAAAAGAUGGCCUCGCUUCAAAGGUCUUUGAGGAUGCACAUAAAUCUCCGUUUGUGGAACCGCGGAAACUCCGUUAUGUACAUGUGGCCGGGAGACAGCAACUGUGUCUUAAUGCGUCUCUGAAGGCCGCUGCCGGUGGGAGCAAUGAACGACUCAAUGAACUAUGCUUGGAGGCUAUGGCGUACGAAUACUCGAAGGAGGGCAAGACAGCGCGGAAACAGAAACUGCAGAGGGGCUGCGCAGAUUCCUCUCUACCUGACAUUGAAGAUAGUUUGGGUUCGAGCACCGUUAGCAGAAGGGGUUGUGGCUACUGUCAGAAGGAGAAGCUUAAAAUUCUCCGCGAUUACGUGAAUAUUGAACCUCGCGACCUAUCGCAGAUGCGGGAACUGGGUCAGCGAGUCGGUGCUUGUCCGUUUCUCGUUACACGUGAGGUUCUUCGUGGGGCGGACGUUGUGUUUAUCCCGUAUAGUUAUCUCGUUUCAUCAGAGAUGCGCAAUGCGCUGCUUGCGGGAAAUGCAACAAACGAGCACCCUACUGAUUUAACACCUCAAACACAAGUUGUAUCGCAAGGACUAAGUUCCACAUGCAGAGCAGGUUCAACAAGUACACAUAGUAGUUACCCUACGGUGCCCUCCAAGCAACGAUGGGAAAUCCAAAAUGGGAGACGAGUCCCGAUACUACCUCCUGAUUUCAGCGGUGACGUGAUUGUUGUCGAUGAGGCACAUAACCUUGUGGAUUACUGUCGUAAUGUGACGACAGCAGAGGUAACAUUGCCGGAGUUACAAGUGAUACGUCGGCUGCUAGACGGAUACCGCCUGCGGUACGAAAAGAGACUACUAACUAGGAACAAACAACGUCUUCGUGAAAUGGUGGCAUUUGUUGACAAACUUGCACAACACUUACAGGAAGCAGGGAAGAAAUCCACCCCAACUGCAACGGCAAGCACCUUUAUUAACUUCACAUUUGAUGCUGAAGUUGAUACUGUGAAUGUCCACCUCUUUCUUAGUUUCUUGGAUGAGAGUCGAUUACUACCAAAGUUGCACGGUCUCCUGGCGCAAAUGGUCGCGCAAGUGGAGGCGCAGAUUAGCCAACCCUCAGGGAAGACAACGAAGUGGCGCCCAACGUCAUCAUAUAGCGAUGAGAAUAUUUGUUCGGAUACCACAAAUGAAUAUGCUGACCCAAUUGAGGCGCUUUUGCAUUCACCGGCUGAGGAUCGCCGAUCGAUAGCAGCCACGCUGUAUCGUUUUGAAACGUUUCUACGGUGGUAUGGACUAUCUGACGAGUACACACGCGUGAUACUAAGGCGUUUGCCCUCUGAAAACGGCAGCAGGGAAAUGUGCAGGGUUACGUUAGAGUUGCUACAACUGGAAUUGGGAACGCACACGAUGUUCCCUGUGCUUCAGCAGGCCCACGCCGCCGUGUUGGCGGGUGGGACGAUGAAACCUCUUGCUCUAACUUGUGACCUUCUACUGAAGCAAUCUGCACCAACUAAGGAGUUAUCGGUGCUAAAAAACAUUAGUUCUCUGCCGUGUGGAACCAGGGAAGAAGAGGCUGGCGAACAAGCUAAGAAAAUUCGUUUCACAGAAGAAGGACAUGUAGUUCCACCAUCGUCCAUAGCAGUGUUUACGUUGGCAACCGGGCCGGGUGGACAGCGUUUGGAAUUUCAGCAUGCUCGACGGCAGUCAUGGCCAAAGAUUUUUGAAGGUGUUGGUACAGCGCUUCUCAACUUUUGCCGAGUAAUCCCCGCGGGAAUGAUAGUUUUCUUUACUUCAUACGAGAUAGAGGAACUUUUUGUUAAUACCAUUCGCAGUUCCGGUAUGUACGAUACGAUCAACGCAGUGAAGCGAAUAUUUCGGGAACCCGGGUCCGCUAGGAAUGCAAGUUCUACUCCCGGUUACAGCAGUGGGUGUCAAGCCGCGGCCUCCACAACUGUUGAUUCGAUGCUUGAAGAGUACGCCUCAUGGAUUCGCUCAGAACGCUCAUCUGGAGCACUUCUAUUCGCCGUAAUUGGGGGUAAGUUAUCGGAAGGCAUUAAUUUCAAUGAUGAUCUUGGACGCGCUGUUGUUGUUGUGGGUCUUCCCUACGCCAAUAUCAGCGAGGUGGAUCUGCAACUGCACCUUCGACAUGUGGCGGACACGCGGGUGAGAACUUUAUUACCAUCCUCUGCUAACAUUGCUACGGGGAGCAUUACCACCGAUAGCACUGACCAGGUUACGGUUGUACCUGAUGGAGAAUUUCCGGCAUCACCAUCCUCUGCAAUGGAGUGGGGUUUAUUGACAGACUUGUGCAUGCGCUCCGUCAAUCAAAGUAUUGGGCGUUGCAUCCGUCACGCCUCUGACUACGCCGCUGUCAUCCUACUGGAUGCACGUUACGUUGAACGGAGAGACAUACGUCGUCGUAUUCCUUCAUGGAUGCAACCAUCCAUCCAUGUUGCCCAAAACUUUGGCGACUGCUUCCGCCGUGUUCGGGAUUUUUUUAUCGAGCGGCGGAAGUGA